CCUUGUUUAUUUAUUUACGUUUUCUAUGCGUUUGCCAGUUCAUUGCUUCGGUGCAGUUUUCGCGGUCGCGUUCUUGAUUGCCGGUGAAUUGGAAUCGAAGAAUAUUUGUGUUGUUUGUGCGGAAAUAAGUUUCGGAUAUUGUUGUCUUGAAGUCGGAUGAAAGGUGAAGUUGGUGGACCAUUGCCUGUUAACCGGAUUGAAGAGCUUGGCAGACGCGCAUCAUGACUGACAGCGCCGAAAGCACAACCACCUCCACCUCUGCAGCUGCUCCCAUUUCUGCUGCAUCAGCUGAUGACGAUGAUGACAACAUUACUGACCCAACAUUGCCACCUCUUGAUGACACCCACAGCAGUGAUCCAGUGAGGGAGAACUCCGCAACCACUAGUGGAGAUAGUGAUUUAGCUACUUCCAUCGCUGACAUGUCCGAAAGUCCCCAGAAAUCCGAUACCCUGCUCACGGAUUCGGAGAACACCAACAACGAAAAUCGGGUGAUCGAAAUGGAAAGUGCUUCGAAUCCGGCACCGACGAAAAGUAGUGAUGAACCACCCUCGGUAAAAGUGGAUGAACCGGAAUCUUGUGCGAAGAAUGAUAACGAAGAUCAUUCCGAAGACAAACACGCGAAGCAUGUUUCUUACGACGAGCAAGGGGAAGCAAUUUAUACCGAUCCGGAAACUAAGUAUCGCUACAAGUGGUCCAAGGCGAAGAAUGAGUGGGUUCCGUUCGAUAGUGAACAUUACCGGUGGUGUGAGGAAAGUGAAAAGUGGAUUCCCAAAGAGAAUCCAAAAGAAACGGAACACUAUCGGUGGUGUGAAGAAACGAAUCAGUGGAUUCCGAAGCAGCAGAUUUCGGAAGAGGGUAGUGUUUAUAGCAAUGAAGAAGGGGUGCACCAUUAUAGGGACAAGGAAGGAAUGGUGCACUUUUGGGAUGAAGAGAAAAAAGCAUGGUUCCCAAAAGUUGAUGACGAUUUCAUGGCUAGGUAUCAAUUGAAUUACGGGUUUGGGAACGAUAGUGCUUCUGGAAAUGAAAAUGUUGAAGGUUCAACAAAUGAGGAAGAACCUCCGGAGGUUCCAGAACAAGAACCAUUGCCGGAAGAGCAGGUUACCCAGCCUCAGGGUAAAAAGCGGAAAGGUCCUCCGGAACCGCCCAAAUGGUUCGAGCUGAAGCCGGAACACAAUACGAAAGUAUACGUAUCCAAUCUUCCGUUGGACAUUACGGAGGAAGAGUUCGGUGAACUGAUGUCCAAGUGUGGGAUGGUGCUGAAGGAUCCCCGGACGAACAAGCUGAAGCUGAAACUGUACCGCGAUUCCAAUGGGGCACUGAAAGGCGAUGGUCUAUGCCAUUACAUCAAGAUUGAAUCGGUUGAAUUGGCGCUCAACAUUUUGGACAAUUAUGACAUUCGUGGCCACAAGAUCCGCGUCCAGCAGGCCGAGUUCCAGCUCAAGGGCGAGUACAACCCGGCGCUGAAGCCGAAGGUCAAGAAGAAGGAGAAGGAGAAGAUCCGCAAAAUGCAGGAAGCAUUAUUCGACUGGCGCCCGGAGAAGAUGCGCGGCGAACGGUCCAAGCAUGAGCGGAUCGUCAUAAUUAAGAAUCUGUUCGAGCCGGAGCUGUUCGACAGGGAGGUCCACCUAUUGCUCGAGUACCAGAACGACCUGCGGGAGGAGUGCAACAAGUGCGGAACUUGCCGCCGGGUGGUACUGUUCGAUCGCCAUCCGGAGGGUGUGGCCCAGAUCACGAUGAGCGACCCGGAGGAAGCCGACCUGGUGGUCAAACUCAUGAACGGACGGUUCUUCGGGAAGCGCAAGCUGACGGCGGAGAUUUGGGACGGACGGACCAAGUUUAGAAUCGCUGAAACCGAAGCCGACGUCAACAAACGCCUUGGUAACUGGGAAAAGUAUUUGGAGAAAGAGGAAGCAGCCACGGGGCCCGGCCAAGCAAAGAAACAAUCCUCCGAAACCGUACCAUCGACGGCCGCUGAAGAAACACCUCCGGAGGUAGAAAGUGCGCCGCAGCAAGACGCCGGCAAACCGCAAAUUACUGCGGUAGAACCAGACAAUGCGGACACCAAUCCACCCGGCGACGAUGUGGAACCACCCGCCAAACCGCAACUACCAACGGCAAACGACGACCUCGAAGUUGGUGACGAUGAUGAUGACGAUUCAUCUCAAGUAGAAGCAAACUAACUUCAAUUUACCGACAAUUGCAAAAAGUUAAAGGUUUGCACUAAAAUAAAACGGUACUUGCAUCGCA